AGCAAUGGUUACACGAGCUGCAGCCUACGCACCUCCCCUCGCGUCUGCCGCUGUGGUACUAUGUAACAAUCCAUCUCUAGGCGUGCUGCCGCAUGUUGUUUCCUCUGUGUCUCAGUGCUUAGACUACUCGGUUAAGAUCCCUCUUGCUCGAGCGUGUGCCUUUGGCUCAUUGCGACUUCUGCGUCGCAUCUGGAGUGGCAGCGAAAAAAAUGCAGCAUCCAGCGGAGACAACCCGGGUGAUCACCGUUACCUCUGCUGGUCUCCGCUGCAGUUCCUGCGGGCCGACCGCCAUUACCACUGCGCACAAUUCUCUCAGGCGGUCGUUGAAGCUGUGCGUCGGGGGGAUUUAGACAUGAUCCGAUGGCUCUUCGCCCACUUCUCAGGUUGCGUGGUGGCAGUGCAAGCCGUUGAAGCUGCUGCUGCUGGUGGUGAUCUACGUAUUUUGGAAUAUUUCCUGGACAAUGAAAGCGCUCUUCAAGAGACUCAAGAAGGAACGGAGACCAAUGACUGUAACCAAGUCCAAUGGGGCGGUUCAGACAUGGCAGUUGCAGUGGAGGAAGGUCAUGCAGACGUUGCGAGAUGGUUGUUCGACCACAAAGGUGACGUUGAGCGAGCCUGGGGGCGCUUCAUGGUAGCUGUGGUUCGUGGUGGCGACCUCGAGUUAUUGCAGUGGGUGCUACAUCGUGGUUAUGCAGCGCACCAAUUGGCGCCGCCUACGAUGGAUGACGCAGCAUGGGGUGGACAUUUAGACAUGUUGCAAUGGCUCUAUCAUCAUGGGUAUGUUCAUCACGCCAGUUUUGCUUUAGAAUAUGCCGCUCGCAACGGAUAUUUGGAGAUUGUGGAGUGGUUGGUGCGCUACCACCCAGUCGGCAACGCGAGUCGAGCGUUAGAUGCUGCUGCAAGAGAGAACCGCCUGCAUGUGGUGCGCUGGCUUCUGGAACACAACCUUGGCCGUGCUGGCAAUGGUCACCUUACGGUUGUGCGAUGGCUACACCAACAUUGCACAGAUGGAUGCACGACAUUAGCACUGGAGAAUGCGGCAAGCCAUGGCCACUUAGAAGUCAUUCAGUGGUUACACGAGAACAGAAGCGAGGGUUGUACUACCAAGGCAAUAGAUGGAGCCGCGAGCAACGGCCAUCUUGAUGUAGUUAAAUGGCUACACAAAUACAGACGAGAGGGUUGCACAGCCGCCGCCAUGAACGGGGCUGCUCGAGGAAACUAUCUUGACGUACUUCAGUGGCUACAUGACCAUCGUACCGAGAGCUGCACACAAGACGCAGUAGAUGGAGCUGCUAGCAACGGACACGUAGCAGUGAUGCGAUGGCUUAUCGCUCAUUGCUCUGAAAAUUGCUGGUUGUCACGCGCCGCGCUAGAAAAUGCGGCUGCAAACGGUCAGUUAGACGCGGUGAAGUGGCUGUACAAACAACACAUUCAAAGCAGUGCCUCCGAAUGGAUCGCCUCUGGUGCAAUGGAUCGUGCAGCGAGCGGCGGGCACUUAAACGUGGUGGUGUGGUUUCAUAACCGUCGUCCAGAGUUCGGGAGCUGCACGACUGCAGCAUUGGAUGGUGCCGCAACAAAUGGUCACUUGGAAAUGGUGAAAUGGUUGCAUGCGAAUCGCCGUGAAGGUGGCACGUAUCGAGCUAUGGAUGGAGCAGCAGCAGGAGGUCAUUUGGAGGUGAUGAUGUUUUUAUACGUGCACCGUUCAGACGGGUGCACAUCAGACGCAGCGGUGAACGCGGCACUAAACGAACAUGUGGAGGUCGUGCAGUGGCUCCUUCAACAUUACCCUCAGCAGGCUCACCAUGAAAAAGUCCGCAUGUUUGCGGCAAGGUACAACUAUUCACUGCUCCAGCAGGCUAACCGCGUCGUUCCUGUGUACUAGACUUGAAAGGUACAAAAUAAUCUUUGGUUCCCUAGAAUGCAAUAAAUGCUGUAUUGGAUG